GUCAAUUUAGCCUACUUUUUUCUUUUUUUUUUUAAUUCCGCGACUGUUCUGCUGGACACUUUCUGAACACAUGCAAGAUAUAUAACACGUAGUUGUUUGGAAGAUGACAAUUUUUUUCGAGUUGAACAGUCUCUAUGCUGCUAUGGUAGCCUUUUGCUGAUGCUGCAGAGAUAAACAAGCUCUCAGGCAGGUAGACGUUGAACCACCGGGACCACGGACCAGGAAUGUCCAACAGACAAUCAGACGGCUCCAUGGGCGACCAGACCUCCCUCCUGCUGGAGCAACGCUUCUCUUCCGACCUGCAGCUGGACUGUGACUCGCUGGACAACCACCAUGGCCAACCGCAGGGCUCGCCCACGUCCCAGGCCGAGCCCUCAUUGGCCGAAGGCUCUACGGUGCGGAAGCCGGUGGUCCUGAGCACUCAGAGUGCGGCGGCGCGGAAGCUGGGCACCCAACAGCUAAUCCCCAAGAGUCUGGCGGUGACCAGUCGGCCCAGUAAGCCCCGCCACCACACCACCGUGGUCACCUUCCCCUUGGGUCUGGAGGCCGACUCCACCACCUCCUCCUCCAGGAGCCGUCACUCUGCCAUGGAGCCUGAUGCGUCCUGGGAGGACUACGACAGUGACGGGAAUGGCUUCUCAUCGAGGAGGAACCGCAGGAACCAGUCGUACCGGGUGGCGGUGACCAGCCCUGACAUGGAAGCCAUUGCUGUGAACAACGGGGGUGCGAACACGCUCAUGCCUAGAACCUUGGGGAGAAAGAGGAACCAGAGGCACGGGGGCUCAUUCAAAGACGAUCCUCGGUUGUACCAGGAGAUCAGGGAGCGGGGGCUGCAGCCCACCACUAUUGCGGAUGAUGAUGACUUUGUCCACGUGGAGCCACCUGGGGAGGACCAGGCCAUAGUGGUAAAGAGCUACAGGCCAGCGCAGGUCACCUGGAGCUCGCUACAACAGGUGAAGGAUAACGACAUUCUUCAGCUGAUCUCUGCUGAGGAGCGGAAGCGACAGGAGGCCAUCUUUGAGAUCAUCACCUCAGAGUUCUCGUACCUCCACAGCCUUGGCAUCCUGGUGAGGCACUUCAAAGGGAGUGAGGCACUGCGGAAGACCAUAACUGCCACAGAGCACCACCACCUCUUCUCCAACAUUGCUGUCAUCGAAGGUGUCAGCAAAAGGUUUUUUGACGACCUUGAAAGGCGUCACCAUCACAACGUGGUGAUCCAGGACAUCAGCGACAUAGUGCAGAACCACGCCGCCCACCACUUUGAGCCCUACAUCGUGUACUGCUCCAACGAGACCUUCCAGCAGAGGACGCUGCAGAAGCUGCUAACGAGCAACACUGCUUUUAAGGAGGUGCUGAAACGGAUUGAGGGGAGUGGCGAGUCUCAAGGCCUGCCCAUGAUCUCCUUCCUCAUCCUUCCAAUGCAGAGAGUCACCCGGCUGCCGCUGCUAUUAGAUACGAUCUGUCAGAAAACUCUAGACACAACGGCGGAACACUUUGCUGCAGUGUGGGCCCUGAAGGCCAUCAGUAAGUUGGUGAAUAGCUGCAACAACGGAGCAAGGCGAAUGGAGAGGACGGAACAGAUGUACACUAUUCAGAAGCAGAUGGAGUUUGGCAAGAUCAAGCCUUUCCCACUGGUGUCGUCAUCACGGUGGCUGCAGAAGCGCGGGGAGCUGGCCGUCUGCACUGAGGAGCUCAGUAUCUUCUGGAAGGCCUUCAGCCACAGGAGCUACUACCUGUUCCUCUUCAACGACGUGCUCAUCGUCACCAAAAAGAAGAGUGACGAGAGCUAUGUGGUGAUGGACUAUGCCACGCUGGUGAAUGUGGAGGUGGAAUCGGCGGAGGAGAUGGAGGGACGGACAUCACCACCCGCCAAGGGAGGCUCCGCCCACCUGUCUCUGCGGCUGCUGAUGUCGAGGAACAGCGAGGGGAGACCGGAGGAGAUCGCUCUGGUCGCUGAGUCCAGGGUCGACCGUGCUCGUUGGGUAAGUGCUCUCCGGGAGCACAAGCAGAACAGGACCAGUGCAGACGGCCUGCCGCAGUACGAGGCCACCAAAGCCUACAUGCCCAAGGAGCCAGACGAGCUAGGCCUGCAGCAAGCAGAGGUAGUCAUCCUCCUGCAGAAAGAAGAGGACUGGUGCCAUGGGGAGAGGAUGAGGGAUGGAGAGAGAGGCUGGUUUCCUGCCAGUUGUGCCACGGAGAUCACCAACCGCAUUGCUAUGGAGAACAAUGUACAGCGUAUGAAGCGUCUGCGCAAGGAGACCAACGUUUAGCCAACCAACAUCCCCGCCUCCAUAUCAGUAGACCUCACUUGCUUGGCCAGGAAGUAGUUGCCAUGUACAUUUGAAAUGGUAGUGUUGUAUGAAUUUAAUGUCAGUUAUUCUGUAAAUGUAUUUCUAUUUUACAUUCAUUUGAAACAUGCCAUGGUGGUGGGACAGUGUCAGCAAUGCCUUCCCCAUCAAUGUUAAGAAUUGUGUAUGAUGCCUGCAAGUGCCAAAUAAAUAUUCAAACUUGUAUACAUUCUUAACUACAGUAUACCCAACCAAGUGGUUGUCAUGUAUUUGGACAGACCAUUGGUGCAAAACAAACAGUUGAGUCAACAGUUCUCCUUUGA